CUUGGGAUGAAAUUCCCAUAUAGGUGGCGCUGUUGCAGCAACAAAUUUUCCUUUCAGAAUACGAGAAUGAAAACUUGGAGGCAGAGAAACAUGAUUGCAGCUGUUCUGCUGCUGUGUGUUGUUGGAGCACUCUGCUCUGAUGACAUGGGGACGCCAGUCUGUGGAUCCAGUUAUGAGGCAGCAUGUUUGACACCAGCUGAUUAUCUGAAUCGAUCUGCUCCCAUCAACAAAGAGGUGGCUGUGGGUAAGAAACUCAUCAUCUCCCUGGAGGGCCUCUCUGGAUCUCCUGUCUGCCACUUGAUCAGAGGAGAAGACCGAGUAAUGACAGCCAGAAAUGGGAGUCAGUCCAUGGUCACAUCACCGCUUUCUGAGACAGAUUCAGGGGAGUACACUCUGACCUGUGACUCCAACAAUGCCGCCAUGUUUUCCACGACUGUGAUUCUUCAUGUAAUGAAACGUCCAACAAAACCACAGCUGAUGCUCGAUGGUGUGGACGUGCCAGAUGCUUCCCCACUUUUUAAGUGUGUCUCUGAGGGUUUCCCCAAACCCACAAUCCAAUGGUCUGGUAACAAGGAUGGAGAACAGAGUUUAAAGGAAAGUGACAGAAAGACAGAGAGCAAAAUAUUAAGCUCUGAAUAUUAUAAUACAGGAAUGAUGUGCUGUGCAACCAAUGCUGAAGGACAAGAGUGCUCCCAACUGUAUGACUACGACUUACAGAGCAGUGUAAUGAACAAAGAUGAGGCAUCUACUGUCACCCUGAGCAAAGGUCAGUCUCUGCUGCUUCGCUGCAGAGUAAACAGAUACAGUCUGAAAUCACCUGUGUGGGAGAAAGGAGGAACACAGCUCAAUGCCAGGACAUUGUCAUGUAAACCAGAGAAGGAGGAGGAGAUGUGCAUUAAAAAUGACUCACAUUACGUUGUUCGGAUGGCCUACCUGUCCAUCAGAUCAGUGAGAGAGGAGCACAGCGGCACAUACACCUGCACGAGUACAGAUAAAAACUCAAAGUCUGUUGAUGUUCAUGUCUCAGAUGAAGUUUCCCUCUCUGCACAGCUGGAUGAGACCAAGAUCAUAUCAGCUCAGGAGGCAUCCAGCACCUGCUUGCAGGCCACUGUUUCCUACCAUCCUGUUCUCCAGCACUGUUCCUGGGAGACUCCUGACAAAAAAAGGACUAAAUGUGUCAGGGACACAUGGGUAACACAGCACAGGACUGUGAAGCUUUGUGAUCCACUCAUAUCAGGAGAUUAUAAGUUACACCUGGAGGCUGGAGGACAAAAGGAAACAAAGACCAUAUCAGUGUGUGUUGUAGAUGAACCAAAGUUCAACUUCUUGUUUAAUAAGGAUGAUGGUACCAUCAACCUUGAGACUGCCAGUCUGGUGCCAGCAAACUAUACCUGGAUGGUUUGCUUGGAGCUCAAUGACAGCUGUGAAACAGACUCGUCCUGGGAUGAGGUCCCAAAUGCCUCUAAAACAGUCUCUGAAACAGACUCUAAUUUUUCCUGCAACAAGCCGAUCAAGAGCUCAGUGAGUGAAGACGUGGUGAAAGGAGACCAAUUCAGGUUUUGUCUGACAAACUCAGUUGGCUCCUGGUGCAAAACCCAUUUCAUGAUUAUCCCACCUCAGUCCUCUAUUGGUAAGCCACCCGAGUAUAACUCCUUCCUGCUGAAAGUAUGCAGUUUGCUUCUGCUUCUGGCUUGGCUGUAGCCAGUAAAGUGCUCAUGUACCUCAUCAAAGGUAAGCUCUGUUAUAAUGCUAUAACCACCAGACCUUCAGCAAUUGUCACAAUGCAUCGACCACUGUGGACAUUUCUGAGUGAUGAAACACAAAACAGGGCACUGUCACCUGCUGACUGCUGACACAUCUGACUCAGACAUUCUGGAAUCUGAAAAGAAUCUUCUGUAACCAUCAGAUACACAGUGAUCACCUAUAUAACAUUUUAUCCAUACAACAUGUCACUUGAUAAUUUAGAGUAAAAUGGACAGUCUUUAUAUUUUAUUUAAAUAUAGGAAGAGAUUUAUACUUAUAGGUAGGAUUGGAAAACGUAAUAAGCCUAUGUUUGAAACAACAGAACACAACAAAGUGUUUAAAAAAACAAAGUUUUUUUUAGUUAUAUAAGGUGUAGAUAUACCCGCUCUAGAUUUAUUCAAUGUAUAACAUUGUUACAUGGAAAUAAACUUCUUCCUUAAGUAAAACUUUUUCAGACACAUCAAGAUUUUUUUCUUGGGCUUUUUCAGUACUUGUUAAUGGAUUUUUCUUUUAGAGUGGAUUGUAUUGUGUCAUGUUGAAGUGUUAUACCUGAAGUACAAUCAGUUUUAUUCAAUAAAGAAAAAAACUUGCUGUCCAGUGUACUGACCUGAACA